AUGGCGGAAACGCAGGAACUACUGGAUUCCCUGACGGAGCAUCUCGGCGCGUUCCACCGCACUGCAUGCCGGCGCGAGGCUCAACACGCGUCUUUGUCGUCAUCCAAUUCCGCCGCUGAACCACGUCAGAGACGGUCAAUCAGAGGGACCAGUACAGGAGCGUCUGCUAAAGUUGCUAGAAUUUCUCCCACGCGUUCGCCUAAGGAGCUGAUUCAGGCAUGGGUGAGACAGCUGGACGUGGACUCGCGGCGGCGGAUUUUCACAGUAGUGGACCCGCAGUGGACGCAGAUUCUCCUUCUGAUGGCGGCUCACGUGCGCAUGAACGGCCCGGGUCACUUCAUAGUUCUCUCUGACAUGCUCGAGCAAUCCCCCGUAACAGUCACCACCCAGGAGGCUUCGCGCAAGGCAGCGCCGUGUGCAUCUGAAUCGCUGCAUAAAGCUGGUGGGAGCGGGGGUGAGAGCAGAGUUGCGGAGUCCCCUGCGCUGUCGCGAGUGGAGAGGGUGGAGCGGUGGUGGCGGGAGAAGCAGGGCGCUGGUGGCGCCGAGGCAAAGGCGCUUCAGGGCGCCCUGUGCCUCGCAGCAAAGGCUGAGGGCGCUGGUAUCACAGAGGCAAAGACGCUUCAAGGCGCAGUGUGCCUUGCUGCCAAGGCUGAGGCCAUGUCGACUGUGAGGCAAGCGGAGGCAGCGCGGGCGCACUUCUCCCAGCACCACCUGAUCCGCAUCAUCCACCGCAACAGAGCCUCCCUGCACCCCUCACUGCUCACCGCCCGCCACUCUGUCUCCCGCCACUUGUGCUCAGCCACGCACAGCAGCAGCAGCAGCAGCAUCGUCGGUCCUGCUACUGGGACCAACAUGGGCGCCGCCACAGACAGCAGCAGCAUGGGUUCCAGCAGCAGCAUCAUGGGCUCUUCUGCUAAUGGCAGCAGCAACUGUGCUGCCCCGAGCACCAGCCCGCAUGCUAUCUGUCUGGACGGGCUGUUUCUGAACCCCUGCUCCAACUGCGGCCCGCCCAUUGCCUUUUCCGCUCUUUCCUGGGACCGCCUCGGCCGCUCCCCUGCCGGACCCUGGGUGGCGGGCCUCCUCGCCCUCUUGGAGUUGGCUCCGCUCAUUGCUGCUGCUUCUGGUGCUGUUGCCGCUGGUGCUGCUGCUGCUACUUGUGCUGAUGGCCUGGGGGCAGGUGGUGGUGAUGGGCUGUGUGGGAAGAGGAGUGCUGGUGCUGUGCCCGAGUGUUGUCAAUCAGAGACACUGCUGCAGUCGCGCGGGGGUGCUGCUGCUGCUGCUGCUUCUGCUUCUGCUUCUGCUUCUGCUGCUGCCUCCUCUGCUUCUCCUUCCCCUGUUCCCUCUCACCCUUCAUCGUCUCCCUCCUCUGAUCCCUCCUCUGCCGCUCUCUCGUCCUCGCCCCUUUCCUCUCAACCUGCUUGCAUAUUCCCCCGAACCCUCCUAUCCCCCCUUACCGAAGCCUCUUCUGUGUUAAGCAGCGCAAAGAUUCGAAUCGCCUCUGCUAUUGACGCGUCCCUGCGGACAGCCAUUCAGCUGGAGCUGCUGCAGGGGGAGAGGGAGAGUAAGGGCCAGGUGGGAGGGGAUGGGAAAGGACUGGGGGACGGUGGGAGCAGUAGCUGCAGUGGGGGGCAGAGCAAGGGGCGGAAGCGGAAGAAGAAGAAGAAAGGGAAGGGGAAGGAUGGCAGUGCAGUGGAUGCGGAGGCUGCUGCUAAGGACGAGGAAGCUGAAGAGGAGAACAUGGGGGGCAUGGGCUGCAGAGAAGGGGGUGGAAAAGAGGGUGGAGCAGCGGGGGGUGCAGUGGAGCAGGGUUUAGUUUUGAGUCGACUCAAAGCUGAAGAGGAGAGUAUGGGGGGCAUGGGUUGCAGAGAAGAGGAUGGAAAAGAGGGUGGAGCAGCGGCGGGUGCAGUGGAGCAGGGUGGAGUGGCAGUGGAGGGCAGUCGUGAUGUAUGUCCGCCAGUGGUGCAGGAGGUACAGCAGGGUAUCAUGGGUGAAUCUGUGUGUGCGGAUCUUGCCUGUGAUGGUCUGCCUGGGUCACUGCAAGGUGGUGGUGGUGGUGGUGAUGGUGGUGCUGUUGGUGCUGGUGGUGGUGAUGGUGGUGAGUGGCAUCUGGCCAGCCAAGCAACGUCCACAGACCCCUCCCAGGCCCUCCCGUUCCUCUCGCCCCUCAUGCGCCGCUCCCGGGGCGAACCAUCACAGCACAUCCCCCCCCUCUCCUCCUCUCCACCUCCCACAUCUCCCUCCUCUAGCCCCACAUCUGCCUCCCCUACAUCGCCCUCCCCUCAGCCAUUCAGCUCAGGCGCUCUCCCCGCUACUGGCAGGGGGCUAGAACCACCUGGCAGGCAGGUACAGUUAGUGCCUUCACCAGAUGCCCCUCCUACUGGGAGAAGCGCGAACGAGCCUGGGAGAAGCACAGAUGACAGCAGCAGCGAUUCUGAUGCUCCUGCCGCUGGCAAGCAGUCGCGGUUCGUGCCUUCACCAGAUGCCCCUUCCUCUGGGAGAAUCGAGGCGGGGCAUGCAGGUGACACCAGCAGUGAUUCAGAUGCUGCCAAGCACUCGCAGUUCGUGCCUUCACCAGAUGCCCCUCCUUUCUUCCCAGGCGAGGCACCAGAGCAGGCAGGGACUGUUCCUCCUCCUCCGCCGCACCCCUACCACCUCCGCUAUGACUGCGCCCCAGGCUCUAUCUCAGUAGACGAGCCGUUUCAGGCGUUUCACGCGCGCUACCCUGGUGUGCUUGGGCCGCCUAGGGAACUCCACCCUCCGGAGCCCCCUUUCCCGUGCUCUGCUCCUCCCGCUCACGCCGCCCUCUCCCACCCCGUCUCUGGAUGGCAUUCAGGCCAUCUUAUCCCUUCCACGCUUCCCCACCUUCCCCACCAUCCUCAUCUGCCCAACCUUUCCCACUUGCCCCACCUACCCCACCCGCACGCGACAGCAGCCAGCCAGAGCGCAGUGCAUGUUGCAUCUGCACCAUCCGUCCCUGCCAAACCAGCCCUCUGCCACCUCCCCCUCGCCACCUCCCCCCUCGCCACCUCCCCCCUCGCUGCCUCCCCUCUUGCUGCCUCUCGCUCUUCCCCCCCCCACUGCUUGCCUGAGCCAGUGGUUGUGGCGCCGCCUGUGGUCCCUGAGGCUGUGGACAGGGAUGGGGAGGAGCGGAGAUAUGAAGAGGGGCGGGUGAGAGGCGAGGAGGGAGGUCUUGUGAGUGGGGAUGAUGGGAGACGGGGCCAAGCUCUUCCUGCUAACGGUGCUCCUGCAAAUAACGAGGACAACUCCUCUGAAACGGCAGUGCAAGCCCCUAGCACGCCCUUAUCAGCGCCCUCCAGACGCACCUCCUGCUGGGCUCGAAGCAGCAGGGCCAGCCAGGAUGGAACAGGGGGCAACGAUGGGAAUGGGGACGGGGAGGGCGCAGCAGGAGAGGGGACUGAGGAAGGGGAGUCAGAGGAUUGGUCCUUGGAGAAUUUCACAGAUGAUUCGUUACUAGCAGGGGAGAACUAUCAGAUGCUAGAGGAAGAUUUUGCCGAGUUUGUGGGCGGCGCCAGCGACAGGGGGUACUUCUCAGAGGACGAGAGCGUUCCGCUGGUAGCCCAGCGACGUGGGGUGUUUUACCCUCGGAAUUACCGGUCCGGGAGGGGGAUGUAUGGAAAAGAGGCCAUGCACGGAGCCAUGGGGCCUGCGGGAAUGGGCUGGGGCGGCGGGGCUGGAAUAGGGGCGAUACAGGGCCCGUCAGGGCAUAGAAUCCCAGGGAUGGGGGCGGGUAUGCUUGGGGGAGGUGCACCUGAGGGAGGUAUACUUGGGGGUAGAGGUGCUGGAAGCAGCAGUGGGACUGAAGAGACGCGAUUCUCUUAUGAUGAUAACGAUGUGGACUAUAGGAACGUGUUUGGCGGGGGGGUGUUUUACUGGAACAUGGCGGAUUACCGAGGGGCCAGUGCCAGCGGCGGCGCAUCCCGCACGGGGUCUUCACUAGGGUCGGAGGAUAGCUCGUGGCUGAGACGAGAGGCGGAUGUAAGGUUGAUUGUGGAUGAUAUAGUUCUGGGGGAAGGUGGGAAUGCCAUCAUUGAUGGUGGUGAGAGGGAGGGUGGUGAGCGUGCAAGGGAAGGUGGCAGUGCUGGCAACGAGUUCAUAACUGCACAAGAUGAAACACAAGUGAGCAGCAGUGCGCAUCCUGCUGCAACAGCCAGAGAAGGUACCACUAGUGAAGCCGCUUUUGUCACUCCUGUUUCCACUGCCGACUCUCCUAAGUCUACCUCCACACCUACUUCCACGCCUAGUGCUGAGCCCACUGCCGGUGCAGAUUCAGGUACUUUGCUGGUUGAAGGCCGCACAGCUGAUAGUGAUACAGGGCAAGUGAGGGCAGGGGUUGCAGCCUUGCCAGCUGCAGCUGAGGCCGUGGGAGAGACAGGGCGUGGGAGUGAGGAGCAGCUGCAGCAGAGUCCUGGUCCGCCUGGUGUGGCAGGGGUAAGGCCUGGGAGCUCUGGAAAGGAGGCCGGUGUGACGGAAGAAGCAGGGGGGUGGAGAAGCAGCAACAGCACAUGCGGACGGGAGGAUGGGGAUGAGGAUGAGAGGAGGGGUGGUAGUGGCGCGGGCAGGUCCCGGGGGUACUUCCGGGUGCGGUCUGGGAGCUCUAGUCCCCGGCAUUGGGGCCUCCUGCCCGGUAGUGCUCCGGGCGGCGUUGGCUUUGCUGCCGCUGCUGCUGCGGUGGCGGCAGCAAGAGAGGCGGUGAUGGUGAGAGAAAAUGCUGCUGCUGGUGCGGCUUCUGCGGCUGCUGCAGCUGCGGCGGCGGCGGCGGUAGCGGCAGGGAUGGGAGGGGCGGUGGGGCUGCCUGUGGGUGGGCUAGGUGUGGGGCAGGGUGGGGGUGGCAGGGCGUUGUGGGGGUUACCCUCUCCUGCUGCCGCUGCUGCUGCUGCCGCCGCUGCUGCUGCUGCAGCUGCUGCAGCUAUGGGUGCUGGGCAAGGGGCGAGUGAAAGGGGAGGAGACGGUGGAGGUGGUGGAGAGGGGUUGAUGGGAGGGGUGAGGGCGAUGGGGAUGGGAGGGAGGGCGGUUCCUGAAGGAGUGAGAGCACCGGUGCCGCCACUCGCUCUCGAUCCAGUCAAGCUGCCCACCAUAAUCCUGGUCGAUCGCUGCUGCCGGGGAGACCCCUCCUCGCAGCCAGCCCUAGCAGCGCUGCACAGCGCGCUGCACGAGGAGAUCGAGGCGUUCUGCCUACAGGUGAUGGGGGAGAUGCGCGCCCGCAAGCCCUACCAGCUCGCUGCCAUCACCAAAGUCUCUCGCACGCUGCAGGUGCUGUGGCCGCGCUCCCGAGUGUCCAUCUUCGGCUCCAAUGCCACGGGCCUCGCCCUGCCCUCCAGUGACGUUGACAUCCUCGUUCACCUGCCGCCCGUCAGAAACCUGGAGCCCAUCAAGGAGGCGGGCAUAUUGGAGGGACGCAACGGCAUCAAGGAGACGUGUCUGCAGCACGCGGCGCGCCACCUGGCGGACCAGGAUUGGGUGAAGAGCGAUUCGAUCAAGACCAUCGAGAACGCCAUGGUGCCCAUCAUCAUGCUCGUUGCCCGCCUCCCUGCCCACACAUCCCGCCUCUCUGCUGACGUGGCGCCUGCUGUCCUUGCUGACGUGGCGCCUGCUGUCCUUGCUGACGUGGCACCUGCUGCCACUGCUGAUGUAGCUCCGAGCAUCCUUGCCAACGCCGGCCCUGCUGACUUGGCCUCUGCUGAUGUGGCAACUGCAAACGCAGGAGAGGAGGGGUUGGAGAACCUAGGAGGGAGGGAGGCAGGGGGGGAGGUGCAGGUGCAGCAGGUGCAGCGGGUGCAGUUGCCUUUUGAGGAGACACCAAAGGCAGCAGCAGCAGCAGGGGCGGGGGAGGUGCAGGUGCAGGUGGUGAGGGGAGGGGCGAGGGGCCCGUGGGGCAACGUGGACGACCGCAGGAACGUGCGGUUGGACAUCAGCUUUGAGGGCGGUGCACACUCGGGCCUGCGCACUGCUGAACUGGUGCGUGAACUGACAGCGCAGUUCCCAGCCAUCCCACCACUGGCCCUCGUGCUCAAGCAGUUCCUCACAGACCGCAGCCUCGACCAUCCCUACACAGGCGGCCUCUCCUCCUACUGCCUCUUACUGCUGAUAACGCGUUUCCUCCAGAUUCAGCCACACAUCGGCCGCCCUCCCCAGUGGCAGAACCUGGGCAGCCUGCUGCUUGACUUCUUGCACUUCUAUGGUUGUGUGUUUGACCCCCGGCGCAUGGCUGCCAGCAUCAGGCUCGGAGGGGCCUUUCUUGAGCGCGACCGCUCCCAGAGCAUCGAUCCAUUGCACAUAGAGGACCCACUAGACCCCACCAACAAUGUCGGCCGCAACUGCUUCCGCAUCCUACAAUGCACCAAGGCCUUUGCCGAUGCAUACGACAUGCUCGAGAGGCAGCUGCCAGACAUGACUUCUGCCAUCGCGCAUGGCAGCCCGCCAUGUGGCACGCAGCUAUUGGCCAAGAUCCUGCCCAGCAUAGCCCCGCCUGUGACCAAGUAA